AUGUCUACACCACCUACAUCGUCCUUCUCGGUUUCAUCAACACCUAUGCCGUACAUACCAGCGGCGCCUGCGUCGACCCAUGCGCCAGCUUCAGCUCCAUUAAGAGCUCAACAAACAAGCGCUCAUCAGCUGAAACCGCAGUCGUCGUUGACGGUGCAGCCACAGUCACAACUAGCGGCAACGCCGCCGCCGGCGUUGCCGCUACCCCAAGCACAGCCUCAGGCCCAAUCUCACGCUUCUCAAGUUCAACCACAGCAGCAGCUCCAGCACCAACUUCAUCAGCCACCGCCCGUACCACCACCACGUGCACCCACACAUGUCGCCACACCUGUACCGUCUGUUACGCCUAAGCCUUCGAUCCAAGAUCUUUCAGGUGCAUCUACUUCGCCGGCAGCUGUGCCAGCAGCGGCACUUCCAUCAUCUGCACAGAAGAUGAGCUACAUGGGUGGGUCAGCAAGUACAACACCGUCAAUGGUUUUGGCACAUACACGGCAGCCUGUUGCCCCAACUGUGGCGCCGAGAGAUACAAUUCCCGCCCCUCGGUCACCACCGCGCAAGCAGCGGAGCAGUCGAAUCCAGCCGAGUCAGUAUGUGCAGCUAGAACAUUUGCCGUCAUUUUCCGAGGUUGUCCCCUCGGAACGAUCACAACUCUUUGUAAAGAAACUGCAGCAGAGCAGUGUGGUGUUUGACUUCACGGAUGCGAGUGCAGAUCUUAUGGGAAAGCAGGUCAAGGCACAGGCUUUGCAGGACAUGCUUGAAUACAUUACGACUCAGCGAGGUGUGAUCACGGAAGCUGUCUAUCCUGAGAUGGUCAAUAUGUUUGCAUCCAAUUUGUUUCGGACGAUUCCUCCCCCAUCAAGUUCCUUGGGCGAUGCCUUUGAUCCGGAAGAAGACGAACCUGUCCUCGAAUUGUCGUGGCCCCAUCUCCAGCUUGUGUACGAACUUUUUCUCCGCUUUGUGGAGAGCACUGAACUGAACACGAGUAUUGCGAAAAAAUACAUUGAUCAUUCGUUUGUGGUACAGCUCUUGGAUCUUUUUGACAGUGAGGACCCGCGUGAGCGAGACUUUCUCAAGACGACGCUUCACCGGAUCUAUGGCAAGUUAUUAAAUUUGCGUGCUUUUAUCCGGCGCUCGAUCAACAAUGUGUUUUUCCAAUUCAUCUACGAGACCGAGAGACACAAUGGUAUUGCAGAGCUCCUAGAGAUCCUUGGUUCGAUCAUAAAUGGGUUUGCAUUACCAUUGAAGGAGGAACACAAAGUGUUCUUGUCUCGUGUGCUGUUGCCACUUCACAAAGUCAAGUGUCUCGCUAUGUAUCACCCUCAACUUGCGUACUGUGUCGUGCAAUUUAUUGAGAAGGAUAGCACGCUCACAGAAGAGGUCGUUAUGGGCCUGCUUCGAUUCUGGCCCAAGACUAAUUCGCAAAAGGAAGUCAUGUUCCUGAACGAGGUAGAGGAAGUUUUGGAUGUCAUUGAGCCUGGCGACUUCGUGAAGAUCCAAGUGCCUUUAUUCCAACAGCUUGCCCGCUGUAUUGAAAGCCAGCAUUUCCAGGUCGCCGAAAGAGCAUUAUACUUCUGGAAUAACGAGUAUGUUGUGAAUUUGAUGGGCGACAAUGUUCAAGUGAUUCUGCCUAUUGUAUUCAACAGUCUGUAUGAAAAUUCUAAGAACCAUUGGAACCCUACAAUUCAUACGCUGGUAUACAAUGCACUCAAGUUAUUCAUGGAAAUCAACCCAGCCUUCUUCGACCUUGUGUCUAACGAGCACCAGCACAACCUCUUGCUUGCUGAUCAGCUUCAGCAAGAAAGGAGACAAGCGUGGAAACGUAUCCAGACCGACGCACUUCGUAACUCCAUAAAACACGGCUUAAAAGCGCCUGAAUCCGUGUUGAUGACGCAGCUGGAGUCGACGGCUCCUGCGUCCUUGCCACGCUCGCUCCUACUCCAAGACAAUGGCUCGUUUUCUGACAUGAUUCCGCUCUCGAACUCGCUUUCUGGCCUAGCACCUCCAGCGCUGAGUCUAGCCUCGACAUCCGGCGUGGUGCAUGGACUCUCCACUCAUUCUGAUGCCCCUCGCGCCCGAACACCGCCCAAUCGCGAUACUAUGUUCACCAACAAUCAAGACUAUUCGCCUAUCAGCGCAAAUGGCUCAUCCACCCGCGAAUAUGAAGAUGCAGAGCAAAACGUCUUGCAUGAUUUAGCCGAUCAUAUCGUGCCGUCCUAUCUAGGCUGA